GCCCACUGAAAAGCGUAUCUAGGCUGCAUGCCCGAAUCGAAUUUGAUGAAGAUUACGAUGGCUUUGUCAUGUAUGUGCUUGGUCGUAACGGCGCUUGGGUUGAUGGGGAUUGGGUACGGAGCGGAUCCCGUGUUUUGCUGCAUUCAGAGUCCGUUGUUUCACGACCAUGACCUCCCGAUCCUUCCAGUUCCUCGUGGCCCCUCACGCUUCACAAACGCGUACCCAGUCUCCCACGCACGAAUCGGCAGUAGAUGUCGACGAGGAAAUGAGCACGGUGUCAUCGCAAGCGUCAGUCCCUGCCCCACCUGCGAGUACUCAGACCGCAGGCGAGCGAGCACACUCUAUGGAAGAUGCAUGUUCUGCGGCCAUCGCUACAUAUGGAGGCGAGGCCUCCAUCAAACAAAUCACUCAAUGGUUGAACGAUCAAUAUGACUGGUUUCGACGUCGGUCCGAUAGUCAGGAUUUGGUGAAGGAAACAAUUAUGCACAAUCCGCUUUUUGUCAAGGUGAAGGGCAUACGAGACAAGACGUCCAAGAGAAAAGCCGUCCUCUUCACCAUUAAUCAGCAAUACUAUUCGCAGCACCUCGCUGGGACGAAGGAGACCGAGGAUGUUGAUAUAGAUGGCGUUAGAGGUAGUCCACCUCUCAUCAUAUCACAUCCAACGCAAUUCGCUGCAGCCGGGGUUGCUUCUCCAAGCGACGCUGACGAACCACUUCGCCCACAGCAGAAUCCUGGGACGGUUUCGCAUCCCCUACGUAUCUCGAUGGGCGAUCGUCUGACAAAAGCUUUGGAGCGAUACUCCCUGCCUUCCUCGGUCAUCCCUCCUGCCCUGAAUAUCUCACUAGAACCAUGCCAUUUCUCGAAGAAGGAUCAACACAUUAUACUGCGAGAAGGUGAACUUAUUCUCAAUCCUAAGGUUUUCUCCGACAUUCCAGAGGACAUUCUUGCUCGUAUGAGCGCGCUUGACACCGAAGCAGUCCUCGAGAUCCUGCAAAGCGAAGUCAAGCUAUAUCUGAAAGAGCAAUAUCGUGCUGUGAACGGCCGCGGCUCAGGGAAAUACUCACGGGCCCAGAGGCAUGGACGUGGGCGUGGACGCGGGCGUGGGAGGGUAGAUGGGCAUGUGGAGGGGGCAGUUGUAGCCAGUCCUCUUUGAGAGAAGCAGAGAACUCUUGGUCGCAACCUGUUUGCCUCACUGAAUAAUAAUAGUUCACUUCAAUCACUACCACGGCUUCAUAUGAUAAUUUGACACCCAAAAACAUUUAUACACGAGCUUUCAUUGUCCCCAUGAAAGCAGCUUUCUCUUCAAAGGUUUGGAAUGCACCGUGCUACGAUGGACAAUUAAGCCAUGUACGUGUGAACGUAGAAAAUGGAUUGAUCCACU